AUGAAUGCGGUUAUAGCAUACAUGCUCGCUGAUUGGUACCGCCCUGGUGUCACUCUGGACUUUCCAAAGGGAGGUAGUGGGGCCAUUGUGGAGACUCUGGUAAGAGCCAUUCGAAAGUAUCAGGGACAAGUUUGCUUGAAUGCGCACGUUGACGAAAUCUUGGUGGAAGACGGCAAAGCAUGCGGAGUCAAACUCAACAAUGGCAAAGUAGUACGAGCCAAGCAUGCAGUGGUUUCAAAUGCUGAUCCAUACGUCACGCAAAAACUCUUAUCAAAAGCUGACAUAUCCAAUGACAUGAAAGAGUACAUGGCCAAGCUCACAGAAACCGAUCCAACACAAGACGAGAAGCCGAGCGCGGACUUCCCGGCACAGUGGGCCGUCAUCAAAGACUGGGAUUUACCGGAAGGAGUGGAAGCACCCCGCAAUAUUGUUCUAUGUAGUAUGCCCUCCUUGAUCGAUCCCACGUUGGCGCCCGCAGGAAAACAUGUGUUGCAUGCCUACGUUCCUGCCACGGAACCGUACGAAUGGUGGGCUGGAAUGGAUCGCAACUCGGACGAGUACAAACAAAAGAAGGAUGAAGCGGCUGACUUCCUUUGGUCUGCCAUUGAGCAAUAUGUCCCCAAUGCCAGAGAUCGAGCUGUUCCCGGAACGGUACAAAUCGGGACACCUCUCACCCACGAACGAUUUCUUCGAAGAACGAGGGGAGCUUAUGGUCCAAGGGUGGAGGCGGGGAAACAAACUCUACCAGGGCACACCACUCCCCUGAAAGGGCUUCUUUUGACUGGUGACUUUACUUUCCCUGGUAUUGGAGUUCCUGCUACUGCGGCAUCUGGUGCCAUCACAGCGAAUACAUUAGUGUCAGUUCCACAACACUUCAAGAUGCUCGACCAAAUUCGGUUGCCCCAAAAGUAG